UCUACUUGCCAGCAAAACAGAAAUGUGACUGAACUUUCUGUGAAACCAGUACCAAUUAGUGCAUUUUUAAUUAAAAAAAAGAUAUUACAAUUGAAAUUCAAUACAAGAAAAGAAACUAAACUUAUCCUGUAUCAAACAAGUAUUGGAAGAUAUAUAAAACAGCAUGCAGAUCCUCAGUACUGAUAACUGGUGGCGUGUAUUUGACAUUUAGUCUUUCAAGUGAUCAGUAGUUGAACAGCAAUAGGGAACCUACUACAAGAGAAUAUUACCCUCACUGUCAUGAAACAAUCAUCCUUCUUAAGCAGAAUCAAACUGCUUACUUUCAUGUUUGAGUGCGAGAAGUUCUUAAGAAAUUUAUUUCAUGACAAGAAGCUUGGAAAUUUCCCAAGAAAUGAGGAAGAAUUGUACGAAACUUUAAAUAAACUGAAAAAAAAUGGAAAACUAAAGAAUCUAAGCCCGCAACAACUGGAAAUUGCUUUACCUAAAAGUAAAAAGACAGACUCGAGUAAAUUUGAUUUAAGCCUAUUAUGUCAUCUGUUGCUGAACAGCAAGAAUCUGAAAAGUGAAAUGCGUAAUGCCGUCAAAGAAAUAAAGAAGGAAAGAAAUUUUGUUAUACAUAACCCUAAUGUGUCAUACUCUACUUUUUUAAAACGAUGGGAUAAUAUCGAAAAUAACCUUGCAAAGCUUGGAUAUGUGACUGAAGUGCAGGAUUUAAAACUGAAAAAGUUGGAUGAUUUAAAAGCUUUUGAAACUUCUAUUAGCAAGAGCAAAAGAGAACUUCAAUCAAACGAUUAUUACAUAUACAAUGAUCAUCAUGGAAAUCUUGAUCUGCGAUUUACUGGGGAUUGGUCUGUCCAAACAGUAGAGAUUGAUGAUGCGAGAGACUCUUCAAAAACUAAAGAAUUAAGUAGGAACAAAGAUUUCACAGACAAGAAACAGGAAAACAAGUUGAAUGUGACAGUAAAAGCAACACAAAAAAUGCAAAAGUUUAACCAAAUAUCCAUUCGGUUAAUCGAUAGCCAAAACAAUGCAGAAAAUGUUUUCAUUGAAGAUAUCGCUAAAGCCUGUGCACACCAAUAUGAUAAUGACGUUAAUGCUAUCCAUCUAUUGACACAUAACAGCGCGUCAUUGUCACAACAAAUUAACCAAAUCUCGCAAACAGAGUCAGUGACAUCGCAAGUAGAGAUAAUAUGUAAUAAAGAACGUAAAUUAUUGACCCGAAGUGAUUACAAAAAGUUUGCCAAUGGUUACAUUGACCGUUAUUUUACCCGUGGAGACUCAACUCUGCAAAAAUCCGUCCAGUUCCCAUCUCUAAUUCGUGACCAAAAGGUCUCUGUAUUUGCACAUAAAAUUAAAGAAGCUUUAACUGGAUCUAAGUACGACCAUUCCACUUUUUUUACCAAUUACGACACAAAUGAACAUUUAAAGUUCCUGAAUUUGCAGAGUGGAAUAUGUUGUGAACAAGCAAGUUGUACCAACAGAAUUUUACUUUUGUGUGAUAACAUGAUCAUAAAUAUUCGUUAUACAGAGACAACAGAUGCAGAAAGCAUACAAGACGAAUGCAAGAAAGGCGAGAAUGAUCUACUACAACUAGCUAUUAUCAAACAGAGCAUUGUAAGAGAUAAGAUGGUACUUGUCAGUGUUGUGGCAGCUCCAAAAUUUGAAAAAGACAUGCAGAUGGAUAUUUGCGUUGAUUGUAAAGUGUUGCGUAAAAAUAUUUGUGAAUCAAAUCAGUUCAAGGAUUUUUUCUUAAACAUGUUAGGAGAAAAAUUGGGAGGAAGAACAUAUAAAGAACCACACAGCAGUAUGAUGAGUCAAAUUAUGUGUUUCAUGGCCAUGCGACAGAUGGGAUACAAAGUUCCCGUAAUCAGUGAAGAUGACGUACAUGAGCAAGUAAAAUCGGUGAUGCUAUCCAACGAGCAACUACGCUUUUUGCAUGCUGAAGCAAAGAAGAAGAUUAUCAUUGGUCCGUUGGGCAGCGGUAAAACUAUUUUAGCGCAGUGUCAUUUAAAAGAUCUUUACGACAGAUGCGAAUCGAAAUGUAUUAUUUACUAUGUCAUUUGGAAUGAUAAAUCUUUGUUGCUCAAAAAUGUUAUCGACUUUAAGAAAACAUUUGAUUGGAAAGAUAACGUUACUGUCGAGAUCAAAAAUAUUGUGGAAUUAUCAAAGGAAAUGAAACUAAGUAAAUUACCUAAAAUUUCACAAUUAUUGCCUCUUGUAAUCAACAAGCACAGCCUCAUACAAGUCCAUAUGAUAGCAGACGAGAUAGAUGGAGAAAUGUUUGAUACCUCUGAAGCAUCAGCUCUAAAGCAAUACUUUGAAACAGAAAAGAAUGUUCAGGAGUCCGUCGUAGUUUUGUUCCCGCAAUCAAUCGAGAAACAUCGAACUUUUGAGUGUAAUGGACACAAAACAAUUUAUAACACCUACGAGUACGAAAAAACGGGAAUGACGGUACUGAGACUUAAGCUUGCUAUGAGAACAUCUGAGCUUAUAUUCAAAUUUCUCAAAGCGUUUGAAGAGAAAAUAACUGCUAAUACAACGGAAACUAACCUUCCUGAUUUGAAAAGUAAGGAUCCUGCAACAGAGAGUGAAAAAAUUGUCCUGAAGAAACAAGAUUCAGACAAGGGAGAUGGAUUAGUUAAGGUGGAAGAGAAAAUAGUUCCAGAUAUGGAAGAAAAACCAUUUGAGCCGUUGCUUGAUAUUGAUAUUGUUACUGCUACCCUUGAUGAAACAAAAUGUUCUGCAGAUGUUAAAGCAACUUUAAAGGUAGAAUGCAACACUGCCAUAGCGCUCGGCCACAAGAUUCAAGGGAAAGAACCUUGUUUUAUACACCUCAAAGAAACACCUGAAACAGAAGCUGAUCUUGUGGUCACGCUGGCAAUUGUUUUAAAGAAAACGUGGUUAGACAAAAAAUUAAAACGUCUGCUUAUUCACAAGUCAGAUGAUCAAAAAAGAAUAUUUCAUAGAUUGCUUAGGCUCCUAGGAAAAGACUAUUUUUAUUAUGAUUCAUCAACCCAAUGGAAAAUCAUGGAUAGUCGUGACUCAUCUGUGAAUGCACUGCCAGAGGAUGGUUUCUAUACCAUGCUAACAAGCCCAGAGGGCUGCCGUGGAGAUGAAGCAGCUGAAUGCAUCUCAAUCAUUGAUCUAAAUGACAGCAAGUUGACUCAUCUAACACUGGAAAGUUUGUCAUGUGUUACUGAAAACCUGAUUAUAAUUUCUACAUCCCAUAUAAACAGCAAAAGCAUUCAAAAGUGCUCAACUGGUUACUUUCUUAAGGAACUCUUAGCUGCGAAAUAUCUUCGCGAAAUAUGCGUGACAUUUAAUCCUAAUAUGGUUGAGCCGUGCAGUGGAAAAAAUAACGUAUUCGAAGUGAACAACAACCAUCUGGAGUAUAAAAAUAUGAAAACUACACUAGAAAGUAGAGUCAAUUAUCCCGACACACAGUCAGAAGUCAUAAACGCUGAGGAAAUCAUUUUUAAAAAUCUUUAUCCUCCCCAGAAAGUCAGCAGUAUUGUAUGUUCGUAUAUAACUGAUUCAUCGUGUGAAUUACAGUGGGAAAAUAGAGGAUACGAUUACACUGUUACAAAACAAGAGGAGAGAAGCUCCAAUUGGGAAGUAGUUGCAAAUAAUAUCAGGUCAAACCGAUGUAUUAUUAGCAACAUUGAAGUUGAAAAAACUUAUCAGUUUUGUGUAAAAGCUGUCAAUCAAACUUGUGCAUCAGAGGAUAGCAUUGUAAAAUACUGUCACAGGCCUUUUCCUGCUCCACCAGUAACUUUUAAAGACAUUGCAGAAGCUAUUCAUGGUAAUAACUUAAAAGAAUUGGGAAAUCUUCUAUCUACAGAUCCCAAUUGCGUCUUCAUGACCGAUGAAAACGGUUGGACGCCGUUAAUGCUGGCUGUAAUGGAAAAGAAUGAAAAAAUGGUCUUGCUUCUUGUUGCACAAGGUAGCAAUGUUUGGGCAGAAACAAAAAUGAAAAGCAACAGUUAUGUUCUAGCUGCAAUGAAUGGUCACGAUAAGAUCUUAGAUAUUUUAUGUCAACACAACAUAGACCACAUUAACCGCAAGGAUCUUGACAAAGGCACGAUCUUGCAUUAUGCUGCAUCAUAUGGAAACGUUGCUUGUGUGGAUGUAUUAUUACGAUUUAAUGCUGACACAACCAUUAAAAACAAAUAUGAUAAAACCGCCUAUGAAAUGGCUGGUAAGAUAGGAAAUAAACAGAAAAAACAAGAUAUUGAAAAGAAGAUUGAAAAUGCUCAAUAAACGCAUCGUGAAAGCUAAAAUUAAUUAAAUUUUAUAUUUCGAAUUAGACUUUGUAUUUUAACUACUGCGUAAUUAUCUACUGAAAUUAUUACAGAGGUUUUGUUUUAAACGCAUGAAUAUCUUGUAUGAAACAGGCUUAU